AUGCAUUUACCGAGCAGAACGAGCUCUGUGUGGAUUUAUCUCUUGGUUGUGCUGCUGGAUUGUUACUGGGAAGCGGUGUCUGGGCAGCUCUCUUACUCCGUCUCAGAGGAGGUAAAUGUGGGGACUGUUGUCGGAAAUAUCGCUAAAGAUCUGAACAUCAAUGUCCAGGAUUUGGAGUCCCGCGUGUUUCAGAUCGUUGCUGGAUCAAAGAGAAAAUAUUUCGAGGUAAACCUAAAGACUGGUGUCCUGUAUGUUAACGAGAGAAUAGAUCGAGAGGAACUCUGCGGAGACGAGUCCAAAUGUUCAUUGAGUGUAGAAGCAGUAAUUAACAACCCGUUAAAACUGUACCGGGUUGAAAUUGUAAUCUUCGAUGUGAAUGAUAAUUCCCCGUCAUUUCUAAGACCGUCACAGUUGAUGAACAUUACUGAGAACACAGCAGCAGGGGCGAAAUUUCCCCUGCACGCUGCUCACGAUGACGAUGUCGGGAAAAAUGCUGUAAAUACCUACAAACUUAGCCAAAAUGAAUACUUCUCUCUUGAUACAUAUAAAGGGGAGAGUGUAACUGUCGAAUUACUGCUUCAGAAAGCUUUGGACAGGGAAAAACAGCCUGUAAUUCGUCUAACACUGACUGCCAUUGAUGGAGGAACACCUGCUAAAUCAGGCACUAUGACCAUUAUAAUCAAUGUAUUGGAUAGCAAUGAUAACGCUCCUACAUUCAGUCAAAGUCUGUACAAAGCCAGUGUGUAUGAGAAUGUUAAGAUUGGCACAUCAAUAAUAACAUUAAAUGCCACUGAUCUGGAUGCAGGACUAAAUGGACAAGUGUCAUAUUCAUUCAUUGAAGUCGGCCGAGGGAAACAAACUGAUCUGUUUGCUAUAGAUGAAAAAACUGGGACUGUAACAAACACAAAGAACAUCGACUUUGAAGAAAAUAAUGCUUUUGAGAUUCGAGUACAAGCCAGUGACAGAGCUUCUUCUCCUCUCACCUCACAUGCCAAAUUAUUGAUUGAAGUUUUAGACGUCAAUGACAAUGCGCCUGAAAUUUCAGUGACAUCACUGUUAAACACUGUGAAAGAGGACGCGUCCAUUGGUACCGCCAUUGCACUAGUUUCUGUAUUUGAUAAAGACGCAGGUAAAAAUGGGAUGGUGAACUGCAAAAUUUCUAAUACGGUUCCUUUUAAAUUAGAGUCAAAUUAUAAGAAUUACUAUUCGUUGGUGGUGGACGGUCCUCUUGACAGAGAAAGCGCAGCUCAAUACAAUAUCAGCAUCACUGCUGCUGAUGAGGGCAGCCCCUCACUAUCCAGCACGAGUGUUAUUAAUGCACAAGUAUCAGAUGUGAAUGACAACAAACCUCAAUUCACAGAAAACAUAAUCAAUGUCUAUGUGAAAGAAAACAGUCCAGUGGGGGCAGUCAUAAAAACAGUUUCAGCUAUUGAUGCCGACAUUGAUCAGAAUGGUCAGGUGAGAUAUUCAUUUCUACACAACAACAGCAACUCACUGCCACUCUCGACAAUGGUGAACAUCAACUCAGAGACUGGAGAUAUAAUCAGCCUGCAGUCUUUUAACUAUGAGGAGUUAAAAACCUUUCAGUUCAAAGUUCAGGCCACAGACUCUGGUGUUCCUCCGCUCAGCAGCAACGUGACUGUCAACGUUUUAAUCCUGGAUGAAAAUGACAAUAAUCCAACGAUUCUCGCGCCAUAUUCUGAGCACGGCUCCGUCAACAGUGAGAGCAUCCCAUAUUCUGCUGAAGCUGGAUACUUUGUGGCAAAGAUCAGGGCUGUAGACGGAGACUCUGGAUACAAUGCGCUGCUCUCUUAUCACCUGUCUGAGCCCAAAGGAAACAACCUCUUCCGGAUCGGAACCAGCACCGGAGAAAUCAGGACUAAGAGGAGAAUGAGUGACAAUGACCUGAAAACUCACCCCUUGCUGGUCUUGGUUUCUGAUAACGGAGAACCCUCCCUGUCAGCUACUGUGUCUAUUGACGUGGUGGUGGUCGAAAGCACAGCUGACAUCCACACUCAGUUCAGACAUGUGCCCAUAAAGGAGGACAGCUUCUCUGAUUUAAACCUGUAUCUGCUGAUCGCCAUUGUGUCGGUCUCACUCAUCUUUCUGCUCAGCCUCAUCAGUUUAAUAGCUGUCAAAUGCCACAGGACUGACGGCACCUUCAGCAGGUACAGCGCCCCAAUGAUCACCACCCACCCUGACGGGAGCUGGUCUUACUCCAAAUCUACUCAGCAGUAUGACGUGUGUUUCAGCUCAGACACGCUCAAGAGUGACGUAGUGGUUUUCCCCGCACCGUUUCCACCUGUAGAUGCUGAGCUGAUCAGCAUUAAUGGAGGAGACACUUUUACCAGAACUCAGACUUUACCGAAUAAAGAAAAGAAAGGUGUGCGUUACUCUCCGUCGUCCUGCAAUAAAAAUACCAGGAAGUGA